AUGGCCACCGACAAUCCCUUUGUCGACCCUAACCCUUCGUUUGAGGACCAUGGCCGCACCAGUUCGUCUCCGGCAGACGCCACCCUCGCCCUGGGGCGCAAUGUAACUUUAUCGCUGGGAACAGACUCUUUGAUCGUGCUAGAUGAAUCGUUCGAGAACAGCGGGCGGAGUAACUGUUGCAACCUCUGGCCGUCUGGCAUUGCGAACACACGGGCGAUCCCUUUCUAUAAUAUCCUUUGGGCCGAGCUCCUAGAUUCCGAGCUCACCAUACAAUUUGCCUCCCAAGCAGCGAAAAAACGGGUUCAAGCUGCCACUCUGAGCUACCCCGUUGAGUACCAAAUGGUGGAGCUGGUGAACCAGUGGGUUGCACGGCUAUUAGACAGGUCCUACGGCGAAUCGCAAAAGAGGAAAAGAGUUAAGGCCCUGGUCAACCCGCAUAGUGGAAAAGGGAGCGCGGAGAAAUGGUACUAUCGGGAUGUAGAGCCUCUCCUGAAGGCUGCGCAAUCGACCAUCGAGAUGGUCAAGACGAGACACCAAGGCGAAGCUGUUGAGAUCGCUGAGAAGAUGGAUAUUGAAGCGUAUGAUGUCGUAGUUACGUGUUCUGGGGAUGGUCUUGCUCAUGAAGUGUUCAACGGGCUCGGAAAGAGGGCGGAUGCCAGGAAAGCGUUAUCUAAGAUUGCAGUGGCCCAUGUUCCCUGUGGAAGCGGCAAUGCUAUGAGCUGCAACUUGAACGGAACGGAUAGUGCAAGCGUAGCCACGUUGGCCAUUAUCAAAGGCAUUCCUACGCCUUUGGACCUGAUAUCCGUAACGCAAGGGGAUACCAGGACGCUCAGUUUUCUGUCACAGUCGGUUGGAAUCGUGGCGGAGACCGAUCUCGCGACGGAGCAUCUGCGCUGGAUGGGUCCCAUGCGAUUCAACUACGGCUUUUUAAUACGGCUAGCAAGAAAAAUGGUCUACCCUUGCGAUAUUGCGGUCAAGGUAGCCAUCGACGACAAGCCAUCGAUUAGGGAGCACUAUAGGAGGGAGAAGAGUAAUGAUGAGCCUGCGAGUGAGCGAAGGGGAUACAAAAAUCUUUUAGACGAUGAUGCAUCAGCAAGCAGUGGCUCUGACGAUGGGCUGCCGGCUCUGAGAUACGGAACCAUCAAUGAUAAAUUGCCUGCUGGCUGGGAACUGAUUCCGCACGAUAAAAUGGGGAACUUCUAUUGUGGCAAUAUGGCAUAUAUGACAGGAGACGCAAAUUUCUUUCCAGCGGCCCUACCAAAUGACGGGUAUAUGGACCUCGUCUGUAUCAAUGGUGACAUCAGUCGCCUCACCGCGGUACAAAUGAUGCUCAACGUCGAGAGCAACAAAUUCUUCGACAUGCCCGGAGUCUGGUACCGCAAAAUUCUCGGAUAUCGGAUUAUACCUAAAGACCAAGAGGAUGGCUACAUUAGCAUAGAUGGCGAGCGAGUUCCUUUUCAACCAUUCCAAACAGAAGUACAUAAGGGGCUUGGAACGGUGCUUUCAAAAACAGGGCAUAUGUACGAGGCCCCGGGGCCGGUUUGA